GCGGCACCGGCGGGGCGCGGGGGCGCGCACGGGGGGUUCCCGCCGGGGGCGCGCGUGGGCGGGGCCUCAGGUGACCCUCAGGUGAGCUCCAGGUGAGCCCCGGGAGCCGCCAUGGACGGCCCCGCCCUGCCCAUCCGCCGCUCCCGCCGAGAGCUGGUGGAGGCCGUGAGGGAGCGGCCCUUCCUCAUCGUCACCGGCGAGACGGGCAGCGGUAAAAGCACGCAGCUGCCCAGGUACCUCUACGAGGCAGGGCUGGCCGAGCACGGAGCCAUCGGUGUGACCCAGCCCCGGCGCGUGGCCACCGUGUCGGUGGCACAGAGGGUGGCCGAGGAGAUGGGCUGUGCCCUGGGCACCCUCGUGGGGUACCAGGUGCGAUUCGACGACUGCACCUGCGAGGACACUGCCAUCAGGUACAUGACCGACGGGUGCCUGCUGAGGCACAUCCUGGCUGACCCCCUGCUCAGCAAGUACAGCGUCAUCAUUUUGGAUGAAGCCCACGAGAGGAGCCUCAGCACUGAUAUUUUGUUUGGUUUGCUGAAGAAGCUGUUCCUGCAGGAGAAGCCGGCAGGCAGGAGGGCAGACAUGAAGGUGGUGGUGAUGUCAGCCACCCUGGAGGUGGAGAAGCUCUCCGAGUUCUUUGGCCACUGCUCAGUGCUGCACAUUCCAGGCAGGAGUUACCCUGUCAAGGAGAUAUUCUGCAACCUGCUGAGCCCCAGGGAUGUGGGCAGCUCUGCCUAUGUCACAGAGGCUGUGAAGGUCGCCCUGGAUGUUCACUUAAAUGAACCAGAAGGUGACAUCCUGGUUUUCCUCACAGGGCAGAAUGAGAUAGAGAGAGCCUGUGAUGUGCUUUUCAGGAGGGCAGAGGCCAUCGAUUACCGCUACGAGGUGCACGACCGCGCUGUCGAGGGGCUCCUCAUCCUGCCCCUCUACGGCUCCAUGUCCACAGAUCAACAGAAAAGGAUAUUUUUGCCAGCCCCCAGAGGCAUCAGGAAAUGUGUGGUCUCCACAAACAUUGCUGCAACAUCUCUGACCAUUGAAGGAGUCAGGUAUGUGGUGGACAGUGGCUUUGUGAAGCAGCUGAACCAUAAUCCCAGAGUGGGUUUGGACAUCCUGGAGGUUGUUCCCAUCUCAAAGAGUGAAGCCAAGCAGCGAGCCGGGCGCGCGGGCCGGACAUCAGCAGGGAAAUGUUUUGUGUUGUACAGCAGGGAGUUCUGGGAGCAGUGCAUGCCCCAGCACACCGUGCCAGAGAUCAGGAGGACCAGCCUGACAUCUGUGAUCCUCACCUUGAAAUGCCUUUCCGUGCACGAUGUCAUCAGGUUUCCCUAUUUGGACCCACCUGAGGAAAGACACAUUUUGGAAGCUCUGAAGGAACUUUACCAGUGCAAUGCUAUUGACAGGAGAGGCCAUGUGACCAGACUGGGAGAAUUCCUGGUGCAGUUUCCCCUCCCUCCCAACCUGUCCUGUGCUGUGAUCAAAGCUGCUUCCCUGGGCUGUGAGGAUCUGCUGCUGCCCAUUGCAGCCAUGCUGUCAGUGGAAAACGUCUUCAUCCGCCCAGGUGAUCCUCAGAAGCAGAAGGAGGCUGAGCUUCAGCACCAGGAACUUGCCUCACAAGUGGGGGGAUGCAAUGACUUUGCAACCCUCUUAAAUAUCUUUGAACAGUGCAAAGCAAGCAAGUCUCCUUCAGCCUGGUGCCAGAAAUACUGGAUCCAUUGGAGAGCUGUGAAAUCUGCUUUUAGUGUGGAAAGGCAGCUGCGGGAAAUAACCACUAAACUGAAACAGCUGCCAGACUUCCCUAAGGAGACAUUUGAAGGCUCCAGAACUGAAAUCCUGAGAAGAUGCCUGUGUGCAGGAUACUUCGUUAAUGUUGCUAGGAGAUCUGCAGCCAGGACAUUCUGCACCAUGGACGGGCAUGGCAGCAUAGUCUACAUCCACCCUUCGUCCACACUGUACAACCAGGAGACCCUGCUGGAGUGGAUCAUCUUCCACGACGUGGCCGUCACCUCCAAGAUCUACGUGCGCACCGUGUGCCCCGUGCGCUACGAGUGGCUGCGGGAGCUGCUGCCCAGGCUGCACCAGGUGGAUGCCUACGAGCUCAGCAGCGUGGCCAGGGAGGAGGUGACUGAGGAGGAAAUAACCAAGUGGAAGCAGAGGGAGGAGCUCAAAAGGCUCUUUGAAGGAGCCCCAGAGAGCUCUGCAGGGAAGAUGGAGAGGAGGAACGAUGAGCAAUCCAUCCAGGACGCCCGAGCUCGCUACCUGCAGAGGAAGCAGCAGAGAGCCCAGGCUCUGAGUGGCCCUGAGAAGGAAAUGGGGUAACUCUGCUUGGGGGCAGCUUGUGCAGCUCUGGGCUCUUUGCAGAAUGCCCAAGGACUGACAGAACUGCAGGGAAACUUGUGCCAAAGAGGACAAACUCAAUUCCCUGCGCUGCAUCCUGCAGGGAAAGCUUCCCAAGCUUUGUGUUGCUGCAGGGCAGUGGCAACAAUUUCACAGCCUCAGCUGUGGCUGAAGCCCUGAUACCAAGUGUGGUGCCAAUUCUCUGGCAUUUAUUUGACUUAAAGAGCUCUCAGAGCUGUUAUAAAUGCAAUUUUUCUUCAAGGUCGGUUGGGGUUUAUUUUUGUAAGGAGUGGAACUGUAAUUUUUUACCCAUUUUAUUCUGAUGGUGGUCACACAGAAUUCAUGCUCAGGAAAAUGUGCAGGAAGGGCUCUUGUAGUGGUGGGAGCAGCAGGAUUAGAUCCAAAGGGACAACUGCAGGAUUAAAUCCAAAGGGAAAAUAUCAAGAUUAAAUCCAAAGGGAAAAUAUCAGGAUUAAAUCCAAAAGGACAAUUGCAGGAUUAAAUCCAAAGGGAAAAUUUCAGGAUUAAAUCCAAAGGGACAAUUGCAGGAUUAAAUCCAAAGGGACAAUUGCAGGAUUAAAUCCAAAGGGAAAAUAUCAGGAUUAAAUCCAAAGGGAAAAUUGCAGUAUUAAAUCCAAAGGGACAUUUCUCACCUCCAUUCCUUGCUGUGCUGUACCAGGUACACACAAGGAAAUAAAAGUGUUUUUCCCUGAGCAUCUGAAAGAGCAAGGAGCUGUGGUGCUUUGUCAUCAUGAAGUUUGUUUCCUUCUCAAUAAAGAAAUUCUGUUUUAUCACCAUAAUAACUCUGAAACGCUCCAGGGCUUGAGUGAGCAGUUUGGGUAAGAAUUUCCAAAUAAUUGGAAGAACUUGCUGUGAUUUUUCCUGCCUCAGCUGUGUGCUCUGUGCCACCCUGGGCACUGGUUCAAGUGCUGGAUUGUGUUUGAUUGCUGUAGCCUGAAUAAAGCAUUCACCAUCCCACCUCUGCCUCACCUCCAGCAUUCCAGCACUGCCUCCAAAACCAUGGGAUUUAUUUUUAAUAUUACAAUAUUAUUGCUCAUAAAGAAAUUGCUGGCUCUGGUAAUUGUUCCUCUUGCUGUGAUUGAUGGGGAAGGGUUUUGUUCUUUCUGCUUUGGAGCAGCAGCAGCACUUGGGCUUGACUCAUCCUCUGCUCUGAGUUCUGCUGUUUAAUUUGAUUUAUAUUUGCAGUGUCACAGCCCCUCAUGAGUCAAAUGCCAUCUGCACCACCCAGUGGGCCUGAAAUGAGUACACAGAAUGCCCACUGUUCCUUGGGGCUAGAAAUCACUUGGCAGAUCCUAAUGCUGAUUUUUUUUAUAUAUAUAUUUUUUUUCUUUUCAUUUUCCAAGUGAGGGAUUUUCCCCCCACUGUGUUCCAGGGCUUCUCUCAGAGGUUUGGAGAUGGGGAAUUUAAGACAAAGUAAAAAUUGUCUGGGGAAGUAACAGUGAGCUGUUAAAUAAAAUAAGAUUUCAGCCAUGCCAAGUGUGACAGCACACACAGCUCUGGGCGCUGAUCCCAAGACAAAGUUAAGUUUUUACCUGUUUUACGUGCUGGAGGUCAAGUGUGAGUUAAUAAAACACAGAGGGAAGUGUGGAGGAGCUUCA